CAAGGAAAAUAUCUCGUUUUCUCGUUAGCCCUGUUGUAGAACAAAGGUCUAUUAUCACGGAGGGUGAAACAAUUAUCGAGCACGAGGUUGUUGAUUUAGCAGAAAAAGAUUUUGUUCAGCAAAAUUCCAUUAUAAAUAAUGACAGUACGUGCAAUGACAAUGAAAAUUUGAAAAAUUUUACCAAUUCUGAAGAAAGACAACAUGUAGAGAUGUCUAGUCAUCAACAACCAUCUCAAAUUUCAAACGACUCUUCGGUGAUGGUGCAUGAAACUGAUGCGACUGCUGCUACACCAAAUAUAUCAAGUGCUACAGGGCCAGUCGACGAUUCACGGCAAGUUAUAUCGAAUGGACAAAUUAUUACUUGUAUACCUCCUGCUGGAAUACAUUUAAAUACCGUUCAAUCACACCCAUUGGUCCAAGCGCAACAAGAAAUAAUUCUUCAGCAACAGCAUGUGCAAAUAAAACAGCAAAAUACUCAAGUUCAUUUGAGUCAAGGAAAUGUAGAUGAUAGAAACUGUAGAGUACCACAUAAUAUUUUGAAUACUUCUACUGAAUCGCAUAAACUAGAGAAUAGUAACAAUACAAUCGAUGAGAGAAAAUUAUCAUCUGCAGCAAAUCUACAAUUACAACCACAAGGAUAUUCGAAUCAACAAUUUGUGCAACAUCAACCACUACAAACAGAUUGUGGGACAAUGAAUACAACAAUUUCAUCAACGACAAAUGGAUCGAUUAGCAAUAGUGAUAGUACACCGGCUCAAAUAUCGCAAUCAAAUAUAGUUCCUACGGCUUUUGUUGGAACUUUGCCUUCUAAUACACACCCCAUCCAAGUUCAAGUAGCUCCCAUAAUUGAAGUGGCUCCUAAAUUGAAAACAAAGGAAGUUUCUUCCACACUACCAGAUCUGGCACAAAAUUUAGCAAAUAUUCUUUCAAAUCCUAAAACAAAAUCAGUUCAUACUACUAUCCAAGUGCAUGAAAUAGUUCAAAAUCCUACAAUUAUUCAACCGAUUUUGCAAACUGAACAAACGAUGCAACCAAUGUCGCAAGAAGUAAGCCUGUCUAAUCUUCAAGUGCAGCAACAGGCACAGCAAAAUGUACAACAGAUGAUUCCUAUGCAACAAAAUUUUCCUGCAAACAUUCCUACUCAAACUUCAACUAUUCAGACUACUGGGUUAAUUCAAGCGGUAUCCCAGGCUCACUUCCAACAAUCUAUGGAACCCCAACAACCGCAACAAAUUUUACAAAAUCAACAACAACCAGGUGCUAAUACUGUUACUGGACAGUGGAUUUCUUAUUCACCGGCUUCUGGGCAAAAUGCGUAUCAAGUUCAGCAGUCAGUUGCUCAAGGUUUCUUGGUACAAGGCCAAACCUUGCAGUAUGUAGUGCCUAUUCAAAUUCCACAAGCACCUCAAGCGGUUUAUCAAACAAAUCAAGUAGAGUCUGUUGACCAUUCGGCUGCAGAGGAACACCACGAUCUACAAUUGAAAUUACCUGACACUAGACAAGUUUCAAUGAGAGUAGACAGUGAUGCUAAUUCUGAGUGCAAUAUAAGCCGACGUACGAGUUCUGACUGCCAAAUGCCUGUAUCGGAAAACGAAUUAUCUAGCUACGAUAUAACUCCAGAGCAUACGCUGGUAGAAUCUGCAGAGACUACUAAUUAUCAGCAGCAGUUGAUGCGAGAGCAGCAUCGCAAGUUAAGUCAACAAAAUUCUUUAGACAGAACUUUAGAUACUAAUGGUGGACCGCAGACGAUUGCCGCUCUCCAGCAGAAACUGGCCCAAUUAACGAGCCAACCAUCAGAAUUAGCAAACGUUAGCACUCCUCCAAUAAGUCAUCCAGCUACGCCUCAUGGACAAAACAGUGGAUUUCAUGAAAAUAUUCAUCAAAAAUUCAGUCCUACGACGAGCACAUCUAACUCUCACACUUUGGCGUCUCUUUCUCCUCAGAGCACUAUUACCGCUGCACCUUCAGCCUUGUUUAUGGAAGGUAUAAACUUUUUGGAGAAUAAUGCUGGAGCAGCGCUCGUGACUGACAUGAAUGUCCAAAGUAUAUCUGGCCAAAAUUCAGAACAGGAUGGGUCGUCAAAUAAUAAUCUUAACAACGGAGAAAUAGGUAGUCCUAGUAAAGAAAGUGGAUCUGCCAAACUUAAUCGUAACGCGAGACCAGGUUCUAGACUGCAAGAGCUAGAUCAAGAGCUAGCUAAAAUUCAUCAAAAAUCCACAACGGCAUCGAAUUCGGCAAUAAAUUUUGUUUAUUCUUCGCCUCUUGCAAACGUCAUUUAUCAGAAUCAGCAUCAACCCAUGGUUUUGGCCUCUAAUAAUAAUAUUCAAUUAAGUGGUCUACCCGUUGCAACUGUAGCACCAUCAACCAUUAUCAAUACAUACUCCAACAACGAAAACACAACACUGCAAGAGACUCAGGAUUACAAUUUAAAUGAGCGAUUGACGGUGAAUCAAGCUACUAGAAAAAUAUCGAGGUUUAUGGUAUCGACAGUGGCUGGUCCACCUAGUGACGAUGCAAGUUCUUCUAAUACAAAUAACGACGAUGGCAGAGCUAAUGCGGAAGGCAGAACUAGCUCAAUGACCCAAUACUCUGACGAGCCAAUAUAUGGUGGAUCAUCACAAAUGCAAAUUAUGCACAGUCGAGAAGGAUCUGUUACAUCCAAUUCUACUAGCCAUAUGAGCCUUACUUCAACAGAGCACGAGAGAGAAGAAAAAUCGAAUCUAACUCCAAGUGAAGAAUAUCAACUUCUUAUAAAAAGACAAACAAUGGAACUGGAGACACUACAAAAGCGUCAUCGAGAAGAAUUAGAGCGCUUUCAGCAGCAACAGUUGCAAUUAUUGUUACAACAGCAACAACAAGCUAGUAACGCAUUUCAUCAUCCACACUCGCAGCAUCCUUUAGUAUACCAUACUGUGACAGGCCAAACGAGGAUAGCUGGUCCAGAUGAUUACAUGUUAAUAAGCUCUGCUCAGCAGCAAGCGGCUAUGCAGAGGAAACUUAGUUAUUCCCCAGAUACAGAGGAAAUUCUACGAUUGGCCACGUUGAAGUUGAAGCAACCAGUGUCGUCGACUUCGGCAGCUGCUUUACCAACGUACUUGAUACCAACAGUGCCAUUAGUGCCUUCGGAGAACUGUACAGUACCGGUAAGUGCAGCUGCCGAGACGCAGCAACAACAGCAACAUCAACUUCAUCAACAACUGCAGCAGCAGCAACAACAACAACAUAUACAAUACCAACAACAGCAACAGCAACAACAGCAACAGCAACAGCAACAGCAACAGCAACAGCAACAACAGCAACAACAGCAGGCAAUACCCUCUGAAGUUACCCAGCUUCAAUACCACUUUGCCCCAAUGACUCUCACGGCCGAUAGCAGCAACAGUAAUGCGUCCGCUUCUGCGACGACCAAUCUAGUCACGAGCACAAUGCUGCCGAAUGGGACGCACCUUUACGGCUAUCAACCUCCGGGUUUUUAUCUGCCUCCAGGAUAUCGUAUCGUUUUUGCGCCUCCUGCUUCCAGUCAGGCGCCUCAACUCCAGCCAACCACGCCUACUACGCCUCAACUCUUGACGGCUAGUCGUGGCAGUACUCCGCCCGGCGAACACUGCGAACAAUAUCAGACCUCGAACAACCGUAUAGAAUUUGAUUAUUGAGAUAGCAUGUAAUAAUUGAGAUCCUUACGACUGAGUCGAGUUACUACUGUUGCUCUGAACAUGAGCAUCUUUGCUAGCAACUUUUCAUAGAACUCACUUUUUUACAUGUAGCUUGUAUCAUGCAAUCGCAUACGUUGUAUACUUUGAAGCGUGCGUUUAUUAAACUCAUAUAUGUAUUUGUAUAUAUAUCGAGGAAAUGUAAAAUGCUGCGCAUUUUAACGCGUCUGUUUGUCCAUUGUAAUGACAGUUCCAAAAAAUGGACCCAUUCAGAUAUCUAUUAUUUUAUUUUAUUUAAAUAAUUUAGCUCUUUCAAUAACUUAUUUUUUAAUGCGAAAAAUUUGAAUUGUGUAAACUAAUUUUUUCAAUUAGUGUUUAGUAUUACACAUUAAACACGGCGGAUUUUUCAACGGUCAGAUCUGAUAUUAUCAAUCUGUUGUCGACUGCUUCCUUAUUUUAUUAAAUUAAACUAUUUGUAGAAUAAUGAGAAUUAACUCUUUUGAUUUAAACGAAACAGUUGAUAAAAACAUCGAUGCGUUCAAUCAUAAAAUAGUUUAUUAUAUUUUACGUGAUUUCACUGUGCAAAAUGGAAAUGAACAUGAAUGUCAAUGUCGUCAUAAUGUAAUGAGGUGCUUGAAGAUUAAUAUUCCAAAGUAAAUCUUUGGUUUAUUUGUAAGUUAUACGUGUCCGAUAUUAUGUGCUGCUGCAUGCAUGUAAAACUACGAGUUUAUCUCGAUGUAACGUGAUUUGGCACAGAUGCAAAUAAUUGACACUGAUAAAAUUUAUUGUAAAAACUUGGUGUAGAAAGGCCUUUUCUAUUAGGAUGCUCGUGAUGAGAUGUUAAUGAUUAACUUUCAAUUAUAGAUAAAAUACAGUGCAAGUUGAUAUUAUGAAUGUGUACUUGUAUGCAUGAGAUACUGUGGUAAGUAUGGUAAUUUCAAGAAUGUAUGUAAAAUUUAUAGUUAAAACGGUGAUAUGAAGUGACUUUUUGUAACGUUGCUUUUUAUAUCUUACAAAAGGCCUCAGCUAGUCGUACAACUGAAGUAAAAAAAUGUUUAUCUGCUUGUCAGUAAGAAGAAAUAGUUGUUAUUAAUACGGAGAGAGAGAGCGAGAAUGAACGAAAGUCAAUUCAUCAAAAAUUUUCAUAAAGGAAACAACAAAGACAAGAAUGUGAUUAUGUGCAGUCGCUGUAAUACGUUUCCACGGUUAUUAUGAUUAUUAUUAUUAUUAUUAUUACCUUAGUUAUUAUAAAUAAUAUUAUUUAUUAUUUGUAAUUAUUAUUAUUAUGAUUUUUAUGUCUGUAGCCAUUCUUUAUUUUCCAUUCAACUCUUAUCAAGAUUGAAUAGAGUAUUUUGUUACUAGAUUGCUAGGAAUUGUUCAAAUACCAUCGUCUUGUUAUCUUUUAUCGUCCAUCCUUUUUACGCUUCCCUCCUUCAAACGAGAAGCUACAGAGCUUGAUAAUAUAUUAUUACUUGUACUUCCGUGACUAUGUUUUAAUGUUAAUGAAGAAAGCUUUUUUUAAAUUUACUAUGCGACAUUCGUACACUACGUGCUCGCUCGUAUUAUUUUUAUUAUCGUCUUUAUUCAUAUUAUAAAUAUUAUUAAAAUAAAGAAUAAUAAAUUUU